GUCGUAAGCCAACUUUUACGGCGGCUGCCUUGGGUGCUUUUCGACAACAACAACAACGAUGGCGGCUUCCAGUGGCAGAUUUGAAAGCGCGAGGAGCAUCGAAGAACGGAAAGAACAAAAACGGCAGGCUCGGGCUGAGGUCCUGCGCCAGGCGAAAGCAGAUUUUGAGAAAGAAGAGAGGCGCAAAGAACUUAAGCGGCUGCGAGGUGAGGACACAUGGAUGUUAGCCGACGUGAAUGAGCGAGUUGAACAGCUAUCACAGGAACAUUCUGUGAAGAAAAAAAGGAAGAAGGAUAGACAUUCCAAAAAAGCUAAGAAAGAGAAGAAGAAAAAGAGCAAGAAACAGAAACAUGAAAAAAAUGAAUCAUCUGAUAGUUCAUCGAGUUCUGAAGAUGAAUGGGUUGAAGCAGUUCCGUUGCAGGCAACUGCCACAGAAAAAGCCUGGAAAGUCAAGAAGGAAGAGUCAGAUAAAAAAGAAGAUUCCCAAAUUGUUCAGAGAGAUGAAUGGAUGACCUUUGAUUUUAUGUCUGCUAAAACUGUAUCAUCAUCAUCACUCAAAGCUGAAAGACAGACUGCAAAGAAAAUAGAGCAAGAGAAAGCCCAAGCAAUUGAGCAGUCUAGACUUUCUGAAAGAGAGCUGAACCCUUAUUGGAAAGAUGGUGGAACAGGCCUACCACCAGAAGACGCUAAUCCGUCAUCAGUUGCUAAAGUUUCAGUGGUAGAAGAUGGUGGAUUAAGUUGGCUUAAAAAGUCCUACCAAAGAAUGAAAGAACAAGCUGAGAAACAAAAUAGAAAUUUUGAGGAUGUUGUAGCAGAAAGAUAUGGGUCAGUGGAGACAUUUCAGUUGCGAUUAGAAGAAGCUAAAAAAGCAGCAUCAAAAAGUGACAACUAUGGAAGAGAACGGUGGAGAAAAUCAAGAUACUCAGAUAAAGAACAGAGUGGUCAAGAAAGCAAAAAACAAAACAUGGAGAAACAUGUUAUAGGUGAUACCAACAGGGACACUUGUAGUGAAUAUUCAAGUGGCAGUUAUAGCAAAGUAAAUAUGACAGGUGAUCAAGUAUCUAGUAAAGAUAAAUUCAGAGGAGAUGAGAGAGACUAUAGGUCACGAUUUAUAGAAUCAGAUAGAAGUGAAUCAUAUCAGCUGAGAAAAGAUGAUGAUUCAAGGAAAAAACAAAAUUUUUCUUUACUUGGAAAUAUCAAACAUAAAUUCUUGAGACCUUCUGAAGAUGAUGAGUUAUCAUUUCAUAGUAGAAAUUCUGAAUCACCUAGUUCCUCAGCAUUGUUAGGUCAGAACUCUUUGAAUCAUAGUUUUCUAAAACCUGAUGAAAGCAUUGAACAAAUUUCAUUCUCAUGGAGCCAUGAAAAAAGAGGGGGAGAGAAACAAAAUUCAGAUCAAAAGUCAUUUAAUCCCACUAGAAAUACUACUGACAUUGAAGAAAUUUCAAAGAACAUGAAAGAAAAACCACAGGAAGAAAAUCCAAGUCCUCCGCCUGAGAAAAGAGAAUUUCUACAGGAAACUAAGACUUCAUUAUCUGGAUACAAUUCAGAUGAUGGACCUAGCCACCUUCUAAGCGAAGAUGAGAUGAACAAACUUGGAGCCAAGAUUAUCAAGGCAGAAUUAAUGGGGAAAAUGGACUUAGCAGCACAACUUAAAACACAGCUUGACAAAGCACGCAAAUUAAAAGAAAUAAAAAUGCAAGAAUCAACAAGAAAAUAUGAGAUGGAGGGUGAAAGGUUGCAGGAAGAACAAGAGGUGGUCCUUGUCAGAACAGAUCGUUCCGGAAGGGUAUGGCCUGUGAAUGCACCAGGAGUACCAUCGGAACCCAAGGAAGGAAGAAGGAAAAAGCAGAUGGUAACAACACACAUAGAUAAGGAGCGAGUCAGAUAUUUUCAUGACGACGAUGACUUAAGCUUAAAGGAUUUGGUUAAAAAUGAAAAGAUGGGAACUGCAGAAGAUCAAAAUAGAGCCUUUAUGAAGAUGGCAUCUAAGCUUACUGAAAAAACUGAUAAAGAAUAUUACAGUUUGGAUGACAUGUUUGUCUCAAAAGCAGCCAAGAAGGAAUGUUUAGGUGGUGAUGAGGAGAAACAGAAGAAAAAAGCAAUCUCAGAGCAUCAGAAGCUUGCUGCACAAAUGGAGAAGUGUCCAUAUUGUUUUGACAGUUCUCAGCUUCCCAAACACCUUAUUGUUGCAAUAGGUGUUAAGGUUUACUUAUGCUUGCCCAAUUGUCAGUCACUUACUGAAGGGCAUUGCUUGAUAGUCCCAUUGCAGCAUCAUACAGCAGCUACUGUAUUGGAUGAAGACAUUUGGGAGGAAAUCCAGAGUUUCAGAAAGGCAUUGGUGAGGAUGUUUGAAGAUAAAGAACUAGACUGCAUCUUUUUAGAAACAAAUAUGAGUAUGAACAAACGAUAUCACAUGGUUUAUGAGUGUAUUCCUCUCCCAAAGGAAGUCGGAGAUAUGGCUCCCAUCUACUUUAAGAAAGCUAUAAUGGAAUCUGAUGAAGAGUGGUCCAUGAACAAGAAACUAAUUGAUCUGUCUUCAAGAGAUAUCCGAAAGUCUGUGCCCAGAGGUCUACCUUACUUCUCUGUGGAUUUUGGUCUUCAAGGAGGCUUUGCCCAUGUUAUUGAAGACCAGCAGAAGUUUCCUCAUUAUUUUGGAAAGGAAAUUAUUGGUGGUAUGCUGGAUGCUGAACCAAGACUUUGGAGGAAGGGAAUCCGAGAGAACUUUGAAAACCAGAGGAAGAAAGUGUUGCAGUUUGCUCAGUGGUGGAAACCAUAUGACUUUACCAAAAGCAAAUGACUGUGAGAAGAGUGAGUUUAAUAAAGCGGAACUUUUUCAGUCCCUCCA